AACCAGGACAGAAACCAGAGCUCUGACAGAUCCCACCAGUCGUCUGUUGUACAACAUGAUCUUCUUCCCACACGCGCUCUCGGCCUCUCGCUCCUCCGGCCGCUUGUUGCUGAGGUCAAGAAAGCUUCCCGCUUGAGUCCUGACCUCUGUCGCAUGACCUCGAAAUCAGCGCACAGGGGCCUCUUCAGGGACGCACCCCCCUCAACCCUCAGCCCCCUCCACCCCCUGGACGCAGAGAGGGCAGUGCACGUGGGUGCAGCUGGGCUCGCGCAACGCAAACGCCAAAGAGGGCAGAGCGCGCUGCAGGACCGCGUCCUCGGGCUGAUCCCUUUGGAUUUGAUAUAUUUCUAACGCCUUCGCCAGUUCACAGCUGAAGGCGCACAUUUCGCCUCGCUGUCCUUCGGGGGGAGCUGCGCGUCGUUCCAUCUGGCACGCGUCCGUCACCGUCCGCUGCUGAGCGUCAGGAGCCGCCGAAGCCAUGCCGGCCGGGUUUCACCAGCUCGGAGGGGAGACGGUGACUGGAACCCUUGCUCUCUCCGUCUUCACCGCCGUUCUGGGCUCUUUGGAGUUUGGAUAUAACAUCGGUGUCAUCAAUGCACCUCAGAAGAUCAUCGAGGACGACUACAACUCCACGUGGGUGCAUCGGUACGGGGCGCCCAUCCCCGCCGGGACCCUCACCUCCCUCUGGUCGCUGUCGGUGGCCAUCUUCUCCAUCGGCGGCAUGCUGUCGUCCUUCAGCGUGGGCGUCGUCUCCGAGUGGCUCGGCAGGAGGAAGGCCAUGCUCAUCAACAACCUGCUGGCCUUCAUCGGGGGAAGCCUGAUGGGCCUGUCCAAGCUGUGCCGCUCCUUCGAGAUGAUGAUCCUCGGCCGCUUCGUCAUCGGAGCCUAUUGCGGUUUGGCCUCGGGCCUCACACCCAUGUACGUGGGGGAGAUCUCCCCCACCGGCCUCCGGGGGGCGCUGGGCACGCUGCACCAGCUGGCGAUCGUCACCGGGAUCCUCGUGGCUCAGGUGCUGGGCCUGGAGUCCCUGCUGGGCAGUGAGCACCUGUGGCCCGUGCUGGUGGGCUUGACCGUGGUGCCGACCGUGCUUCAGAUGGCUCUGCUGCCCUUCUGCCCCGAGAGCCCGCGGUUCCUCUACAUCGUGCGCUGCCAGGAGCACCACGCCAAGAGCGGCCUGCGGAGGCUGACGGGCCGGCAGGAGGUGGGCGACCUGCUGGCCGAGAUGAAGGAGGAGAAGAGGAGGAUGGACAUGGAGAGGAAGGUGUCCAUCGCGGAGCUGUUCCGCUCGCCGCUCUACCGCCAGCCCAUCGUCAUCUCCAUCCUGCUGCAGCUGUCCCAGCAGCUGUCUGGGAUCAACGCGAUUUUCUACUACUCCACCAGUAUCUUCAUGAAGGCAGGGGUCCAGAGUCCGGUCUACGCCACCAUAGGAGCCGGCGUGGUGAACUGUGCCGUCACCGUGGUCUCACUCUUCCUGGUGGAGCGGAUGGGCCGACGCACGCUCCACAUGCUGGGCCUGGGCGGCAUGUGCUCCUGCGCCGUGGUGAUGACGGCGGCGCUGUCUCUGCUGGACCGCGUGCCGUGGAUGAGCUACGUCAGCAUGCUGAGCAUCUUCGGCUUCGUGGCCUUCUUCGAGGUGGGCCCGGGCCCCAUCCCCUGGUUCUUCGUGGCCGAGCUCUUCUCUCAGGGCCCGAGGCCGGCUGCCAUGGCCGUGGCCGGCUUCUCCAACUGGACGGCGAACUUCAUCAUCGGAAUGUGUUUCCAGUAUGUGGCGGAUCUCUGUGGCCCCUACGUCUUCCUCAUCUUCGCCGUACUCCUCCUCUUCUUCCUCAUCUUCACAUUCUUCCGGGUCCCAGAGACGCGGGGGAAGACCUUCGAUCAAAUCGCAUCCACCUUCCACCAGCCCUCGUCAGGAGGGAUGAUGGACAUGGACCUGGACCUGGACAAGACCAGCACGGAGCUGGAUUACUUGGGGGAGGAAAACAUCAACUGAGCCGCGGGCCGAGCGGACGGAUCAGACUACGUGUGUGUGGGCCAGACUCAAACACAUUGCGGACACGUGCAGUGAUUUCAGAAGGUUUUCAGACGCCUUCACUUUUUGCAAACAUGUGUGUUCAUUUUCAACGGCCAUCAGCGUCCCACAGUAACAAAAUGGAGACAAGCGUUAGCAGCUUGAGGCCUGUUGUUCUAGUCAUAUAGGUUGUAGUGCCAGAACAGACAAUCUGGGUGUUUUAUAAUCGUCCUUUUCUUGUACAACUGCAAUCCAAGGUUUGUGGCUGGGAAAUUUGCCUCGACAGGCAACGUUAAGGUUAAACGGUGACUUCAAGGAAAAAGACGCACAUAAGGAGAAGGUGUCUGGACUGUGGAGACACUGACAGUAUGGUAGGAUUUGAUUCCACGGUGAGAAUCUCGCUGCUGAAGUCACGAUGCUGGAAUUCCUGCACUUUAUCUAUAAAAGACCGUUAGUUCUGG